CAUUACGACAGCUCCUAGUACCUCGAAGCAAUUCAAUGGCGAGGCGCAAUCCGCUGCGUCGCGAGCUUUCAUUGCUCGAACAGACCUUUCCGAGAGGUCAUAGCCAGUUUCAGAUAACGUCAGCGAACAUGGACGAGGUGACGUGCGUCUUUGUCGGUCCUCCUCGCUUCAGAAUUCAAUGCAACAUCUCAGUUGAUUAUCCAGCCACAAAGCCGUACUGGUUUGCGGAUGGCGAUCAGACCGACGUCGUUGUCGCUUCCAUUCUCGAAGAGUUGACUUCUCUACCUGAUUCUCCUCAUCCGAUUUUAAGCUGUGCUAACGUUCUCAUCUCUCGUCUGUGUGAGAUGUUUGGCUAUGCGAAACCAGACUGCUGCAGUACGCUUUUGCAGCAAUUUCCUGUGUCUGACAGGGAUGGAGAAAUGGAAGAUGAGGAGGAUGAAGAUGAACCGGAAGAGGACGAUGAGGACGACGAGGAUGAUAACGUUGGGCUUGAUGGGAUUGAAGAUCACAGUGAUAAUGAUACAGUUGAUAGUGGGUGUGGGUUGGACUCGGAUUCUAGAGCGACACUGGAGAGAGUAAAGAUCAGUACGAGAGAUGAAUAUGUAAAGGGAACAGUAAGUGGUUCUGUGCAAGCAUCUGAUCGUCUUAUGAAGGAUCUUCGUGAUAUUUAUCGAUCUGCUGGUCACAAGGAUGGCAUGUUUUCUGUUGAGCUUGUUGAAGACAAUCUUUAUGAAUGGAUGAUUAGACUAAAACAGGUUGACCCUGAUAGUCCACUGUAUGGAGAUCUUAAGAAACUUAAAGAAAAAGAGAACAAAGAUUAUAUCCAGUUGAGCAUGACAUUCAGUGAAUCAUUUCCCUUCGCUCCUCCAUUUGUUCGAGUCAUCUAUCCUGUCCUCACUGGAGGUUAUGUACUGAAUGGUGGUGCUGUUUGUAUGGAGCUACUCACACCUCAAGGUUGGAGCAGUGCUUAUUCCUUAGAGGCAGUCAUUCUACAGAUUGCAGCAACGUUAGUGAAAGGAAAGGCACGAAUUCAGUUUGGAACUUCGAAUUCUUGUUAUAGUCUGCAUCGAGCACAACAAGCAUUUCGUUCUCUAGUUGAAAUUCAUGUAAAGAAUGGCUGGUACACACCUCCCAAACAAGACGGCUGAUAGAUCAGACUAGUGGUUAUUGUAAAUAGUAAUGGUAGCAUGUAGUAUAUUGUUGAAGACUGACUUUUCUUAUAUGUGUAGCAAAGACAACUUGUGGAAAACAUUAGUGGAAAUUUGAUGUUACGGUGGGAUUGUAAUGUACUGAAAUUGAAAAUCUAGUGCCAGCUAACUAACGUGGCUAACUAACUGGUGAAAGGCUAAAGCUUGAAAAUCCAGCCAAACUAUUCUCUCAGCUGGAUUGUUGAGUUCAGGCAGCUCAAGUGCAUAAACCUUCAAGAUGUAUGACAUCGUGUAUUGAUUAAUUUUAUGUUAAAUAGUAAUACUUAAUUUAAAGUGACGUGGACAAACUGAAGUUGGAUCUAGACAAUAUUAUUGAGUCAAUAGUGAAAUGACAGUGCUAAGUAAAC